AUGGCAGAUCACCUGUUUGAUAUAAACUUCAAUGUGCCCACGGGGUCAACUCCCUCCUGCUGUUCGCACCAUUGACUACCUACAUACCAGAAAUCACGAUGUCUGCACCCGUGUCGAAGUUCUCUUCAUUCAACGUCCAUGAUGAUUUUGUCUACAAGAAUGUAGAUGGUGUAGCCAUCAAGACUGCCAUACUCGUUCCAAAGUCGUUGAAGCCAGGAACGAAAGCACCAGUCCUUGUGCACAUGCAUGGUGGAGGCUUUAUGACCGGCAAUAGGCUGUUCGAGCCGUGGUUCGCAUUAUGGUUCAUGCAAUGGGCAGAAUCCGUGGGGGCUGUAAUCGUCAGUCCUGAUCAUCGCUUGCUUCCGGAAAGCUCAAGCGAAGACAUGGCCGACGAUAUCGUCGACUUCUGGAGUUGGGUACACGCCAACUUGUCCGCCGAGGUCUCAAGAGUCACUUCCGGAGCGACUGAAGUUGACUUAGAAAACAUCGCGGUGGGGGGCGAGAGUGCUGGUGGUUUCCUCUCAGUGUUGUCUGCUUUGACCUGUCCCAACGCCAAGAUCAAGGCUGUAGUCUGUCAGUAUGGACCUCUGGACUAUGAAGUCCCUUGGUUCACUCAGCCCAACCACCAGAGGAGCAUCAUGGGAGCACCACCAGCUGAGCCUGGGAAGCCUGAGGCAGUGAUCCAAGACUAUCUGACCAGAUACGUGGACGUCGAGAAGAUUGCGGUCCGUACAGAGAGCCGUGUAGAAGAACUUUGGCCUCUUUGCGUCGCGUAUGCACACGCCGGUAAACUUGCUGGAGCCCUCGGACGAUCUGACAAAGUCAUGCCUAUGAGACUUAUUGAGAAGGCCGAGAGUCUGCCACCUAUUUGGUUCGUGCACGGCAGCGGAGACACAAUCGUCAAUCCAGAUUGCACUAUGAACUUUGUCAACAAGGUCAAGAAGCUACUGCCCCAGACACCUAUGCAUGUAUCCAUGGAACCAGGAGAGCAUGGUUUCGACGGUGGUGUUCCGCUGGAUGAGAAGUGGGUGCAAGACGGCCUGUCGUUUGUCUCACAGUACUGGCCUCUCAGUUCGUAGUUCUCGACUUUAAACAGAAACCAAUAAUCAAUCUCUAGAUCUGUUAAGAUGCCA